AUGUCAGACAACCCCCAAUUCGACUGGUAUAAAAUUCCUGGACUGAAUGAAAAUACAGGUGUUAUAGAAAACAGCAAGCAGGCAAAUGGCAUAGGGCAGAACCAGGACAAGAGUACUGCUCUCAAUGAUCUAUUCAACAAACUCAGGUUGUCUCGGACCGACAGGGCUUUUCAUAGUGACGAUAGCAUAGCAAUAUUACACUCAAAUCAGCAGACAGCCAAUGGCAUACCAAGUAUUCUGUCAAGUACAGCAGUAAACGAAGACGGGCGACGAGGAGGAGAAGACAGUAAUGGUGAUAUAAUCAAUGGAAACGUUCAGACAACGUUGAAUGAGCCACAGGACAGCAUUGAUGACGGCAUUCCACUUUCGCUUGCAGCACAUCAGUUAUCUAGACAGGAGGUGAAGACAUAUUUAAGGUGGUACGAUUAUAUUGAAAGCAGGAAAAGGAAGAGUAAAGGUAGCAAGAGCGUUACGGUGGAUGAUGUGUUUCAAUUUCUUAGUAACUUUGGCAUCGACGAAGAUGUCCGAAGCUCUCUACGGGUUAUGUUUGCAAGAUGGGCGUCGUCGUUGAGCAUUGGUCGGUUUUUUGCUUUACUCAGACUAUUGGCUCACGCUUUAAAUGGAGAUCCAAUUGUACGAUCAAUGAUUAGAGAGGCGUGCGGUGUUCCUAAGCCAGUGUCUAUUAUGGCACGUAAGAGGCAGGGUGAUGAAGAGGAUGAUGAUAUUGAUAACGAUAGCAGGGGCAAUAAUGGCAACGAGGAGACUGGAGAGCAAAGCAAGGAAUAUGAUUCCAAGUUGGAUUUGGACUCGUUUACUCAAUUUAUAUUGACCGGAGAGAGACCAUCUCUUCCGGUGAUCAGUUAUGACAGUUAUCACGGCAAGAAAAAGCAUCAUUUGAGUAAGAAAGUGAAGUUUAGUGAUGAGGUUAUAUGCCAGCCGGCACCUCAGUAUGAAAGGAGACAGGGAGCGGCAAUAAUCGCUGAUGAACAGACAGAUAGAACUGAGAAUAACUCUAUGAACUACCAAUUGCCAAUGGAAACGCUAUUAAAGAGGCUUCAAAAGCAGAAGGAUGAUCUCAACUCGAGCAGUGUGGAUGAUGAAGAUCUAAAGGAGAUGGAAAAGUCCAUUGACCGAUUCAGAAAUGUGAAGGUAGAUAGUAUGUUGAUUGGAGGAGUUUCAGCAACUGUUCCGAGCAUUGCAGUUGAUGCGGGUGAUGGCUCGGUACCUAUUAUGCAGCCUUUGGCACCUAAUCUGACCGGUAGUGUCUCGAAAUCGAUGCGCACUAGAGUUACGCCGCAAUUUUCACAACCCGAACAGCUUUUACCGGGCACAGAUCGAGCUUAUCAGUUUUUGGAAUCGGCAUUAACAGGAAAAAAUGAUACAGAGCCGUUUAUAAGCCCCUCCAUAAGGCCUUCCAUUAGGCCCUCCACAAGGCCCUCUGUUAGUACUAGACUAUCACCUCCACCUCCUCCUCCUCCAAGAAGAAUGUCGUCUCCGCCUCAACCAGUCAGUUUGUCAGUUCCACAACCUCAAUUACGGCGUCCAUCGUCUCCCUCACUACCUCCGAAACCAUUACUCAACGCACAACAAAGACAACAAUUCAUAUCUACCGUCAACGGAGCACCACAGAUUCCACAGUCGGUGCGGAUGCCUCAGCUACCUUAUAUGAACUCUAGCGACAAUCUCAAACCUCAAUUACAAUCCAUACAGGGCCAGUUAAUGCAGAGUUUUCAGCCUCAAGUACAGUUCAAUAGCCAGGGUGAUGGCUUUAACUUCGCAUCACAGAGAUCACAAAGCUUUCAGGGUCCACAGAGUCUACAGGUUCCACACGGUUUACAGGUUCCACAGGGUCCACAUGAUCUCCCGAACAGACGAAGCUCUCUGAAUUCUUCUGGAAUUAUGGGGCCUCGGGUUUCACAAAACGGGAAUACAAACGGAAUGUGGCAGUGA